AGUCAAUUACCAUGGCUAAGACAAGUCCAGCCCACAAGCCUUCCAAGCAACACAAGCCCACAAGCUGCAAGGAAAGCUAAAGCCACCUUACGCAGCUGAAGUGUUCUGUUCUUCAAGCUGACAGACGGGAGGCUAAGUAACAUGAUAAGCAGAUUUUUCAUUUGUGUGCUGGCUUUAUUGCAUUUCUGCCUUUCUUCUGGCUUCUAUCGACCGGAGACGUUGCCUGAUAUUGGAGAUGCAGAGUUUAUUGAGGAAUGUGUGAGAACGCACAACAGAUUCCGGUCUGGAGUGAGCCCCCCAGCCAGCAACAUGUUGUACAUGAGUUGGGAUCCAGACUUGGCAAAGACUGCAAGAGGUUGGGCGAAGAGAUGCGAGUUCAAACAUAACAUAUACCUCCAAGAGCCAGGGCAGGCUCACCCCAAAUUUAACCCUGUUGGAGAAAAUCUCUGGACUGGUUCGCUUUCAAUUUUUUCGGUGCAAGGAGCCAUCACCUCUUGGUACAAAGAGGUCAGAGACUACACGUUUUCCAGCAAUAGCUGUAGCAGAGUAUGUGGCCAUUACACACAGGUCGUUUGGGCUCAAAGCUACAAGGUUGGCUGUGCUGUCCACUUCUGUCCCACAGUGUUAUACUUCUCAGGAACCAACGCAGCACACUUCGUCUGCAACUAUGGGCCAGCUGGGAAUUACAGACGGCACCCAUAUGAGACAGGAGCAGCGUGCAGCAAAUGCAAUGGCGAGCAGUGCACUGACAAUCUGUGUCGAAACACUGAGCGUGACAAAGUCAUUAGUGAUUCCAAGUGGCACCCAGCUUGGGACAGACCUGCCUGCGAUGAGUACUGCAUCUCUGUGGUUGUUUUAAGGCUGUUACUUCUUAUUCUGACUAUUGUAGCCACUUGGAUCCUUCCCAAAUACUGGUCCAUAGCACCUGCCACGAAGUAACGCACAGGAGGCUGUGGCAGCACUGAGGUUGAUUCGUCCCCUCCCUGUGCUUAAGCUACUGGCAGCACUGAGAUGGAUGGAAAUGUUGUUUGCAUCCACAGAUCAUUCUGAAAUAUAGAAAUAUCAUCCCCACUUCAUGGAGGAGCUGGCAGAGCUGAUAAGUGGCCUUCUCAUUGUUCAGAAUCAGUAGCUGGUUUUAAAUUACCUGCUUAUUUUUCCAAAGUGGAGCACUGUGGCAGAGAUGGGUAUGCCAUGGAACAGCUUGCCACGCUUCUCAGGGAGGGAGUGGGGUGUCUGCAGCCCAGCAGAGCAGACUCCUCUAUGCCUUUUGAGCUCUCUCCACACGUACUCCUCCAGCAAGACGCAACAGCAUGGUUUUGGGUAGCCUGGAGAGAUUUCUUUUUGUCAUUUAUAGCUGUUUUUUACCUCCUAAUUUUUGGGCACAGGUGAGUUCCAGCAUGUGCGUCCCACAGCAGGCAGUGCAUUUCCCCGUAUCACAGUGCACAGGGACCACUGGCGUUUCUCUUUGCUUAGAAUCUGUUUUCAAACACACAUCAUCUCUGCCAAGACACAGAGCUUCACCCGUGUUUAAAUGUGACUUUGCACCACCUUAAACUCCCUUUUUUUUUUUUUUUUUCUUUUUCUGAGCAUGAGGUUUUUGACUUCUGCUUCAAACAAUAAACCACUAUUUCCUGCCUCCCGUGCAUGGUGAUCAUGUAUCUGCAACCUGAUCUGAAGGUCCACUGGUGCACAGACCCAGAACAAAUACAUUCAGUUCCAGCCUGCACAAUGCUGAGAAACACGAUGCUGGGAAAAACACAGUACAGUGGUCUAAAUAAAAUUGUGCUGUGCCCAACGUUGUGUCUUGGGCUCAGUGGCUGCCAAGCUCCAGUCUCCAUGAGGCUGUGCCCCCAGAGCUGGCAGGGUUCAGCCAGGCCCCUUCGAUACAUCACACCAUUCUGCUGGGUGCUUCUAUGCAGGAAGCCAGGGAGUUCCCCAGCUGCUUCCUUUCUGUAGUGCUGUCUUUGCUCACUUCUGUCAGUGUUGCUGCACAAGUCCUGCUCUGAUGCCACUGCUGGAGUCAGUCUCACCUGGAAGUACUGCCAACUGCAACCCAAAGUUUCUGAUGUUAUUCUUCCAUACAGUUAGCUGCUAGUACUUGAAUCAUAUCAGCAUCACACCAUGUCCCAAAUAAAUCAUUUUCCAAAAUGUAAAUGUGGUCAGGGACAGAAUUCCUAAUCCUCUUCCUUGUCCUUCACUUAUAUUUGCACUUCGUUUGUGCCAGAGCCUCUUUUCUGCCAUCCAAUGACCAGUAUCACAGCACUCGUGCUGGCCAACAUAGAAAGAGACAAUUUUAUUAAAAAAAAUAAAUAAAAUCCUCACUACAAAUUUAAGGCCACGGGUCUAUCUGUUGAAAAGGGCAGCCACUUUCAUUCCCACUUGCCUUUUUGCCACACUCUUUUGAGCACCACUCAAGCCUCACACUUCCUGUACUGCAAAGUCCCAUCUGGAAAUCCCACAAGGACGACAACCAGCACAUAUUGGCAGCAGGACGUACUCUGCAGUGUCCUUUUGCAGAGAAGGGCUCUUAUGCCAGCAUCUGCCCCAUGUGCAGAAAAAUCCUACUGAUGCAAGGAGAAAUGGAGGAAAGCAAAGCACAUACAAUGCUGUGUCCAGGCAGCAAAAUGAGCUCAGCAGGAAUGCUCCCCUGCUAAGUUUAAUCUAUACUUGGUUUCCAGGAGAGUAAACAGAACCAACACAGAGCCCUUAAAGUUCAAAACAUUCACAGUGCUGCCAUUGAACUACAUACCUUAGCAGCUCGAAGGGAAUUCCAUAGAGAAAGCUUCAUUAAAAAAAACUGUAAAUCACUGGGGCUCAUGGGGAAAAAAACAACCAACCAACCAACAACAAAUUCUACAGCAUGGUAACUUUCAAACAAAAAAUCCAGAAAGUCAAGGAGUCAAAGCUAAGCAAGAGCUGCAUCUCAUUUUUUAAGGACACCCAAAAUCCAGAUAUUUAACUCCUGAUGAUUUCCUCAAGUUGUUCACAUUCUUUUUUUAUGGCAUACAUCCAUGACUUCCACAUGAUAAAUGCAAAAUACAGAUAUAGGAACAGCCAUUGAGCACUUCUUUGCUAGCCUGUAAACUCUAAAAUCAGUUUAAGGAGAUAAUU